CCACAUCCUCACAAAAACAAACAAACAAACAAGCAAAAACAAGACUCAUUCUUCAUAUACAAGCACAAAGACGCAAUGUCGUUCGCGCACAACAAGGGUCGAGCUGAAGCGCUCACAAAGCAGCGAGAACGCGAAAAGGAAGACUUUGAGCGGCAAAAGCAGCUGCUCGCCAAGGAGACCGAGCUCAAGGUGGCGGCCAUCACCAACAAGUUUGCGGCUCGCGUCGAUGCCGUCGAAGACAAGCUCAAGUCCGAGACGGUCGGCUUGGUGACGCUCGACGACUUUACCGCACGGCGAGCACGGCUCGAGCUCGAGCGCGCCAAGCAAGUCGCGGCCGCCAAGCUUGCAGCCGAAGAGAUGGAAAAAAGCCAGAAUGCAGUCGCACCUCCGAAAGCAAAGGUCGUAACAGGCGCGCUGUCCUUCAAUAUGGACGACGAGGAAGAAGAAGGCGACGGCGGCGCUGCUUCCGAAGAUGGAGAAGACUCAGAAGACUCGUCCUCGGACGAAGGGGAUUCAAACCAAGCCACAGACGAAGGAGCGCCUAUUAAACGAGCUGCAGAAGAGACCGCCGAAGAUGCUGCCAAAGACCGGAGCAAAAAGUUGAAACUCAUGAAAAAUCCCGAGGUUGACACCUCCUUCCUUCCCGACCGCCAACGAGAGGAGGCCGAGCGUCAGGAGCGCGAGCAGCUGCGUGCAGAGUGGUUUGAUCAACAAGAGCGCAUCAAAAAUGAAGAGAUUGAUAUUGUCUACUCGUUCUGGGACGGUUCCGGUCAUCGUCGAGUCGCCAAAGUCAAAAAGGGCUAUUCCAUCGCCAAAUUCUUGGACACGGUGCUGGACAAUUUGCGAAAAGAGUUUCACGAACUGCGCACCGUCUCGUCCGAUGGCCUCAUGUACAUCAAGGAAGAUUUGAUCAUCCCGCAGCACUCGACUUUUUACGACUUUAUCGUGACCAAGGCGCGCGGCAAGUCAGGUCCUUUGUUUGACUUUGAUGUGCACGACGAUAUUCGCAUGACGCACGAUGCAUCCGUGGAAAAGCAAGAGUCCCACGCUGGCAAGGUGCUGCUCCGAUCCUGGUAUGAACGCAACAAGCACAUCUUUCCGGCAAAUCGCUGGGAACCGUACGACGCCGAAAAGACCUGGGACAAGUACACAAUCAAAUAAGAGCCUGGAUGGGUGGCAAACUGGGUUGUCUAUUUGUUGUUCUUCACAAUAGCACAAAAGGCAACAAAACAAAACAACACACAGAGACAUGACCAAAAAAAAUCUCGACC